AAAAGGCUCAUUACUUGGCGCCAGCGCCAAAUGCAAACAAGUUUAAUUUGGGCUCGGAACCGAGAAGGACAGACAGCCAUGCCUAGACGAAGUGGUCGCCUGCAGAAAAGAUCUGAAAAUGCUCAAGGGCAGAGAGGCAAAGUAACUAAACAAAGCAACAGAAAAAAGAUUCAGCCCCUGUCAAAGCUGCAGUGUGAAAAGAACCAGCAGGUACUUGUAGGUGUCGCCAAGCCUUGUGUUGUCAUGGAGACCGUUGAGAAGGGAGCUGGUAUCGGCUGUGGUGCCGUUCUCACGUCCACAGAUUCCUUGGUUCAGCCAUCACCUCUGCCUCAUCUUGGAUGGGGAUCCCCUGAAGAUGUGUGGGUGAAGAUGGUUUGCAGGGAGAAGAAUUACAGACACAGCAAGAGCUUCAUGCAGAAACACCCGACAAUACAGCCCAGAAUGAGAUCAGUCCUCCUUGACUGGUUAAUUGAGGUGAGUGAGGCCUAUACUCUUCAUCGGCAGACGUUCUACCUGGCACAGGACUACUUUGACCGGUUCAUGUUGACCCAGAACAACAUCGAAAAGAGCAUGCUGCAGCUCAUUGGGAUAACCUGUCUUUUUAUAGCAGCAAAGAUGGAGGAAGCCUGUCCUCCUAAGCUCUCACAGAUGGCCUAUGUGACUGCAGGAACCUACUAUGAAGACGAGAUCCUUCAAAUGGAGUUAAUUAUUUUGAAGGCUUUGCAUUGGAACCUUUGUCCUGAAACGGCUGUGUCUUGGCUGAAGCUUUACUUCCAGAUGGUAUCAAUGAAUACCAACUCUGACCUGCUGGAGCCGCAGUUUCCACAGGAGGUUUACCUACAGAUGACACGUCUUUUAGACCUUUGUGUCCUCAACAUAAACUCUCUUGACUUUGAAUAUCGAGUGUUGGCUGCCUCAGUCCUGAGCCAUUUUAUUCGACAGGAAACUGUCGAAAAAGUUUCAGGUUUGUCAAAAGACAAUAUCCAGCUGUGUGUUAACUGGAUGGCGCCCUUUGUGGAGUCGGUAAACUGGUUUGGCAAAGCGACGCUGAGGGAUUUUUCCAGAAUAAGGAAGGAAGACAGACACAAUGUCCAGACCCACACAGACUACAUGACCAUGCUGGAGUACGCCAGUCUGAAGGAGGCGAGCAGCCACCUCCCUACUCCUCCAAACAGCACAGAAAAAACCUGCACACACUGAACUACAUGAGGAAGACUCUGAAGUGAGUGUGAGCGAAGAGGACACAGGGUUAAUGUGCCACUAAGACUGUUUACAGGUGACAGCUCCUAACCAGUGGUGAAAAAAAUACUGUUAACUGGAAUACUGAGUCUAUAUGGGAGUUAAUUUCAUCUCAUUUCUCGUGCUGAUGUGAAAUUUGUUACUGAAAGCAUUAUCCAGGACAUUGUCAUGCCUGCAUUUUAAAGACUCUUAGAUCGUGGCCAAAGCUUUUGCAUGAUUUUAGUUUCUAGCAAUUGGGUGCUUAAAUCCAGACAAGAAAAAAAUGUAAAAGAAAGUGCCAGGUGUCAUUUCUCAGAAAUGAUCUUCUGAUACUGUGAUGUGCAAUUGUUUACUUUUGUAGCAUAUUAAAUAUGUUCAUAGCCAACAGAUGAAAUAUUUGAAACACUGCUUCAGGGCCAGUUGAAAUGUUAAAUUGUUUUUUAAAUGGAUGAUGUUGAGAACCAGCUGAGUUUACUGCCACUACUCCACCUAACAGCUAAUCUGUAAACUCUAACUAGCUAACUUAGAAACACUUGUACAGUACGAGUCUGCACUUUUUAAUGAACCUGAUGAAUGCCAUGUGUUAGAGCACUGGCUGAAUGA